AGGAACUACUUCCUUGCCUGUCUUUCUAGGGUCUCAAGGGCCAUGAGAAAUGGCACAGCAAUUACAGAGUUCAUCCUCCUAGGAUUUCCUGGUACCCAAGGACUACAGACCCCUCUCUUUACCACGAUCUUUCUCAUCUAUAUACUAACCCUUGCAGGCAAUGGGCUCAUUAUUGCCAUUGUCUGGGCUGAGCCCAGGUUGCAAUCCCCAAUGUACUUCUUCCUUUGUAACUUGUCCUUCCUAGAGAUCUGGUACACCACCACAGUCAUCCCCAAAUUGCUAGAAACAUUCGUGGUAGCAAGAGCUGUCAUCUGCAUUCCCUGCUGUCUGCUGCAGGCCUUUUUCCACUUCUUUCUGGGCACCACCGAGUUCUUGAUCCUCACUGUCAUGUCCUUUGACCGCUACCUGGCCAUCUGCAAGCCCCUUCGCUAUCCUACCAUCAUGACCAGCAACCUCUGCUUGCAGCUGGCCCUCAGCUCCUGGGUGGUAGGCUUCACCAUCAUUUUUUGUCAGACGAUGCUGCUUGUCCGGCUGCCAUUCUGUGGCAACAAUGUUAUCAAUCAUUUCUACUGUGAUUUUGGUCCCAUCUUGAAAGCAGCCUGUGUAGACACCAGCAUUUCCGAGCUCCUGGGUGUCCUGGGAACCGUCCUUGUGAUCCCAGGGUCACUCCUCUGCACUGUGACUUCUUAUAUCUACAUCCUGUCCACCAUCCUACGGAUUCCUUCAGCUGCUAGUCGCCAAAAGGCUUUCUCCACCUGUGCCUCUCACCUGACAGUUGUCUCUCUGCUGUAUGGAGCUGUUCUGUUCAUGUAUCUCAGACCCACAGCACACUCUUCCUUUCAGAUAAAUAAGGUGGUAUCUGUGCUAAACACCAUCCUCACACCCCUUCUGAAUCCUUUUAUAUACACCAUUAGAAACAAGGAGGUGAAAGGAGCUCUAAGAAAAGCAAUGACUUGUCCGAAGACUGGUUGUGCAAAGUAAAAUGAGCUUACUGCAAAUAAAAAGUUAAAGGUGAAACAGGAUUGUGGAGAGGUUUGGUAAAACUGG